GACAAAAAAUUAAACGCAAAAUAGUUUGGUCGCUGUAACUUUUUUGUUUAUUUUUUUCUAGCCAACCCUAAUAAACCCUGACGCCGUUUCUUCUUUUACCUUCCUUCUCUCGCUCACCGUCGCACCUCCUUCAUUUUUUCUCUCUCUCUCAAACUCGUCUCUAAAACUCGUCCGUCGAUUAAUUCCUCGUUAGUCUCAGGUUUGAUAGAAUCAUUGCCUGAGGCAUCUAAUAAUGGGAACACCAGAGACAUCUCGGGAGCCUUGCCCUGAUCGUAUACUCGAUGAUAUCGGUGGUGCUUUUGGUAUGGGAGCUGUUGGAGGAUCUGCCUUUCAUUUCAUUAAAGGGACUUACAAUUCUCCUAAAGGUAGUCGCUUUGUUGGAGGAACACAAUCGGUGAGCAUGAACGCACCUCGUACUGGAGGCAGUUUUGCUGUUUGGGGAGGUUUAUUCUCGACAUUUGACUGUACCAUGGUGUACCUAAGGCAAAAGGAGGAUCCUUGGAACUCUAUCAUUGCUGGUGCUGCAACUGGAGGGUUUCUGUCUAUGCGGCAAGGGGCUGGUGCUGCUUCGAGAUCAGCUAUUUUUGGAGGGGUUUUGCUUGCUUUGAUUGAAGGAGCUGGGAUCAUGUUGAACAAGGUACUGGCUCAGCCUCAGAAUAUGAUGAUGGAGGACCCUGGAAUGCAAGGAAUGCCUGGGAUGCAGGGAAUGCAGGGAAUGCCUGGGAUGCCCGGAAUGCAAGGAAUGCCUGGGAUGCAAGGAAUGCAGAUGGGGCAGAUGCAGAGUCAAGCACAGAUAAGGUCAGAGAGUCAAAACCAGAAUACAGCUUCAUCAUCAUCAUCAUCAUCAUGGUUUGGAGGGCUUUUUGAUAAGAAAAAGGAGGAGGUGCAACCAGGCAGUGAAAGUAAAACAGAGGUGUUGGAGAGUUUUGAUGCUCCUCCGGUGCCAUCAUUUGAGUUCAAGUAAGCUUUGUGGACAUCUAUUUCUCUGUCAUCCAAUGGUUUACCUACUGCCUCAACUAUCAAUUCCAUUUCGUCGUCUUUUUGUCUAUCCUAAGUUCUCAGCUGAAUUCUUCUUGUUCAUGGAAGAAUCAGCAUGCUAUGUUCUCUCUCUUUUCACUUAUGGUUAUGUUUCAAUGAGCUUAUGCACUCAAUCUAGGAAUAUUCUCUUUGUGAAACCAUUCCACAGAUAUUGUUGGUUCUUAAAUAAUGUAGUUAUAGAUUUUAACAAUAUUCGCCAGUGGAAAAUGUUUGAGCAUUGGAAAUGAAUCCCUUG